AUGGUUGCCCGCGCGCGGUCUCAGUUCAUGACAUACAUCGCACGCGCAUUCUCUUUUCAAAAAUCCAACAUCCGUUCGGGAACUCGGCGAAAAACUUUUCAGCUGUGCCAAGUGAAAAAAAAAAUGUUUUUAAUAUUUUUAUUCACCGCUUUUACGUUAGCGGCGGCGGAGUAUGAAUUGCCGAGCGAUUUUUUGCGGUGUCAGCAGAGAGACACCAAAAUCAAUGACUGCCUCAAAAAAGCCGUUCCUGACGCUCUACGGAGAAUGAAAGAUGGAAUUCCCUUACUAUCAGUACCACCUCUGGAGCCACUCCUGGUGUCCGGCAUGAACAUCGAGUCCGGCGCGGGGCCCGUGGUCAUCACGCAGACGUACAAGGCCAUCAAGUUACACGGCCUCACCGACUCCAUACUUACCAGUUACAAGGCUGACCUGAAGCACUUCCGCCUGCGCACGGACUCCAUCACGCCCAAGAUGGAGUUCAUCGCCGACUACGUGAUGAAGGGCAGGAUCCUCGUGCUGCCCAUACACGGGAAGGGGAUCGCUAACAUCACCAUGGCAAAUCUAGUAGUAAAGCACGAUCUGAUCGGCGAACCGGUGGUCAAAGACGGAGAAACAUACAUGCACAUCAAAGACUAUCGCGUCAAGUUCAUCCCGGGCAAGGUGUAUCUCCACUUCUCCAACCUGUUCAAUGGCGACAAGAGACUAGGCGACCAGAUGAACAUUUUCCUCAACGAAAACGCCGACCUCGUCUUCAAUGAAUUGAAAGAGUCCUACGAGAAGAGCCUCAGCUCCGUGUUCCAAGACGUCACUAAUAAAAUAUUCGACAAAGUGCCAAUGAAAAAGAUCUUCCCCGAAGAAUAACUCAACUGUGAUCCCAAAUAUUAAGUUUAAGAUAAAGUUUAAUGGUGGAAAUUAGUUACCUAGAGAAAGAGACUAGAAUAAAAUAAUUACUGGGUUUAAAAUGCAGUAAUAACUGUAUUUAUUGAA